AUGAGGGGACGUAACCAGUUUAUUCGAAGCGUUGUUGAAAAGAUUUUUUUUUGUUUUGGGCGCGUCACAGUAAAGACUGGUUUUGUAUACAGUUCUGCCUGGACACUAUUGGGUGCGGACCAGACGGUUUUGAGACUAUUGGGUGCGGACCAGACGGUUUUGAAGACUAUUGGGUGCGGACCAGACGGUUUUGGAGACUAUUGGAAAAGAGACCGAGUUUAUUUGACUAAAGUGAAAGACACAAGAAUAAGAAGAGUUUGGUGUGAUAAACAAGAUAUUUCAAAAUAUAUGAAAAUACGAAGUGUACUUAUGAAAAUGGUGAUAUAUGACACUACAAGUAUAAAGAAUGCUAUCAGUAUUUGUGCCGAUUUUGAAAGCGUUGUGACGUUGGGUUUGGCCCAGAUCAAAAAAGAAAACAAUAUUGUGGUUGCCACCGCCGAUUUUGAAAGCGUUGUGAUGUUGGUUUUGGCCCAGGUCAAAAGAUAA